AUGGCUGAGGACUCUGCAACCGAAAAGCCUCCUGCUGAGGAAUCAUUCCUCUCACAGCCGGCUCGCCUGCUUAAUCAAACGCAGAACUCCGAUGCCCAGGGCCAACUCACCGCGGCCGUGGACGAACUCCUAGACCAACUUCAAAGCAAGUUCGACAAUGUCUCGAAGGAGGUGUUCGGAAAAUUGGAUGACAUGACCCGGCGUCUGGACGAACUGGAGGCUUCUCUGACUUCCUCGGGAGGCGACUCGGCUGCGACACCAACGAAAUAA